AUGACAGCGUUGGUCAUCUCCAUCCUCAUCUACCAACUUAUCAAUCCUUCAGUUUACGCUGGUUGUCCUGAUGAAUGUAAAUGCGAAAUAGACAUCGCUACGGUAACGUGCAGCGGAUCAACGCUUCUCACCCUGCCCAACACAAUUCCAUCUGGAUUCGAGGUGCUAGUGAUCAGGAACGCCUCCAUACGGUCCAUACCGAAGCAAGCAUUCCGACGAAUGGAUCGCCUUCGAGAGAUCCACAUUGAGAACUGUGAUCAACUCAUAUUUUUGGAAAAAUUCGCUUUCAAAAGCAUGAAGAAGCUUAGGCUGGUCAGCUUUACCAACUGUCCACGUCUGAACGAAAUUCCUAAGUCGACUUUUUCCGGCAUCGCUAAUGAGCUCGGUGUAAAGAUACAUUUUCAUCGAACACCCGUUCAAAGAGUUCAUGGUGGAGCAUUUCGGCAAGCUAAUAAUAUCCGAGAAUUGUCGAUAUCAGGAUCAGAUCUUGCCUUAUCGCGACACGCCUUCGCUUCCAUAACUCAGGUCAGAGGUCUUAAAGCGCUUUUCUGUUCAAUAUAG